AUGACGGAGACAGGCAAAUUCACUCCGAAAAAGGUCGAUAUCACUUUGACUCCGGACUUCAAUCAGUGAGUGUUUCAGCCGUUUUUCUCUUCAAACGUUUUGAACAACUUUCAGAUACACCUUUGUUGCUAACGUGAAAGUUCAUGUGGAUGUUAGUGGAUCCGUCAAAGACUUCGACUUCAAAAUUUCCAAGGAUCUGGACGUCGAGCGUGUUUCUUUCAUCCAAGCUUCGCAUAUUUUCCGCGGAAAUCCGAACAGUGAGUUUCUAAGGAUCUAUGAGAAUUCUUAAAAGAUAUGACAACAAGUUUCAGGCCUUGGACACGUUGCCACCAUAAAGUUUGACAAAAAAACGGAGACCGUUCAUGUGACUCUUCUAACUGAAAUCAACGCCGAAUCGAUCAAGGAAGGAGGCUAUUUCGAGGUUGAGUACAACGGAAAGAUCGGAGAGAAAGGGGCCAACAAGGGACUCUUCCGCCUUGACGCACUCACAUUCGAUACUAAUUUGAAGGUAAUCAGAAACAUUACUUCUUCUGAAAACAGUACGAGUUCAGAACGGAAACGCGUACGCCCUCCUGCCAGUUCUCGCAGACGUGCCAGUUCUCGUGACGCUCACCGUCAUCACCCCAUAUCGUGCUGGAGUCGACACUAAAUUGGACGCCGGAGAGCACACGGAUGCGCCUGGAGGACAGCUCUUCGCCAACGAAUUCAACAGCGGAGAGACGAAGAUCAAGCUUUCCGACUUGCACUUUAAGAUCAAUGCCCCAACUUUCCUGAAGCUUGACUAA